UAAUUUGUGGUCGUUAUCUGUUGAUACAGUACGCACUACGCAGUAUACAGUACAGAGGAAACUUUUUGUCGCUAGGUGAACUCGCUAAACUAGGAACCGAGUGCGCCAUCACUAAGGGAUAUCAAUUCAAGUUAAUAAACACCUAAAAAUUUAAGCAAACAUUUUUGUACUGCCGCUAUGACGCAGCACAGGGUGGCGUAUUUUUAUAACUCCGAUGUUGGAAAUUUCCACUAUGGACCCGGACAUCCAAUGAAGCCUCAUAGACUGUCUGUUACCCAUAGCUUAGUUAUGAACUAUGGUCUCCAUAAGAAAAUGCAGAUAUAUCGACCUUACAAAGCUAGUGCACAUGAUAUGUGCCGAUUUCAUAGUGAGGAUUACAUAGAGUUCCUCCAGAACGUUACUCCACAAAACAUACAAAGUUUUUCAAAAGACUUACUACAUUAUAAUGUAGGAGACGAUUGCCCAGUGUUUGAAGGGCUGUUUGAAUUCUGCUCAAUGUAUACUGGUGCUUCUCUAGAAGGGGCAAUGAAACUGAAUAGUAAUGCUUGUGAUAUAGCAAUCAAUUGGUCUGGUGGAUUGCACCAUGCCAAGAAGUUUGAACCAUCUGGUUUCUGCUAUGUAAAUGAUAUUGUAAUUGCCAUUUUGGAAUUACUCAAAUAUCACCCUAGAGUGCUGUACAUAGACAUUGAUGUCCACCACGGUGAUGGUGUCCAAGAAGCAUUCUAUCUGACUGAUAGAGUUAUGACAGUUAGCUUUCACAAAUAUGGCAGCUACUUCUUUCCUGGCACUGGUGAUAUGUAUGAAAUUGGAGCAGAAAGUGGAAGAUACUUUUCUGUUAAUGUGCCACUCAAGGAAGGGAUUGAUGACCAAAGCUAUGUACAGGUUUUCAAGCCGGUAAUAUCGAAUGUGAUGGAGUUCUACCGUCCCACCGCAAUAGUGCUUCAGUGUGGAGCCGAUUCCCUCGCCGGGGACAGGCUCGGAUGCUUUUCGCUGUCCACGCGGGGACACGGCGAAUGUGUCAAGUUUGUGAAAAGCCUCAACUUACCGACACUAGUUGUUGGUGGUGGCGGAUAUACCCUUCGUAACGUGGCACGGUGCUGGACCUAUGAGACAUCCUUGCUCAUUGACGAGGAAAUAUCUAAUGAACUGCCGUACACUGAGUAUGUUGAGUUCUUCGCACCGGACUUCCAGUUACACCCUGAUGUUGCCGGCUCUCCAAACGCGAAUACGAAACAAUAUCUGGAGACUAUCACAAAGUUCGUGUACGACAAUCUCAAGAUGUGUCAAAAUUCACCUGCAGUACAAAUGACACAUGUUCCAGCUGAUUUUCUCCCAGAAGAUGCAAGGGUUAAAGAAGAACCGGAUCCUGACGUUCGAAUAAGCCAAGAGGAAGCAGAUAAGAUGGUUGUGGCUAAGAACGAGUUUUACGACGAUGAUAAAGAUAAUGACAAGGAGUCGCUCGCUCUAGUGAAGGCAGAGCAAUAGAAUGAAGCAGAGUUGCUUGCCCCAGUGAUGAUGACAUAGCGUGAUUGUUUAGUGACCCUGCCACUGAGCUAGAGGUCCCGGGUUCGAAUCCCGGUAGGAGCAAACAUUUAUAUGAAGAAUAUGGAUGUUUGUUUCCAAGUUAUGGAUGUUUAAGUAUGUGUGUAUCGAUGUAUGUAUUAAAUGUAUCGCUCUCUUGCACCCAUAUGCUAUGGCUAUGCCAAGUUUGGGAUAAAAGUAAGACAUGUUAAUGAUAUAAUAUGAUAUGUUUAAGAUAAUUUGUCAAUGCGUGUCAAUAUUAUAUAAUAUUAACACAUAAGUGUUCUAUCAUUACUUCAUAUUGAAUGACAAAUAUGUUAUUCUUGUUUAAUUUUAAUUGUACUACAUUAUGUUUUAUUAUUUGACGUGCAGUGUAACUGUUUAAGGUUAUAUAAGUUAUGUAUGAUUUGAAAGUAUUGUACUAUUUUGUCACUGUAAGUUUACUCACUUCACUGGGAGACCACUUUACGAAGAGUGUGUGUGCCAUUAUGAAUUUCAUAGUACAUGUCGGUAAUUGUGAUGUAAAUGCAAACACGUGAGGGUAUUGCGGAGAAUGACGUCACAGGAAGUGAACGCGGCCUACAAAACGGUUUUUUUAAGUGAGUAAUUUAUGAUUCCAAGUUUGGGAUAAAAGUAUGACAUGUUUAAGAUAUUUUGAUGAUAUGUUUAAGAUAUUUUGAUGGUAUGUUUAAGAUAUUUUGAUGACAUGUUUAAGAUAUUUAGAUGAUAUGUUUAAGAUAUUUUGAUGGUAUGUUUAAGAUAUUUUGAUGACAUGUUUAAGAUAUUUUGAUGACAUGUUUAAGAUAUUUUGAUGAUAUGUUUAAGAUAAUUUGUCAAUGCGUGUCAAUAUUAUUAUUAUUAGUGCAUUAGCACUAUAGUGUGUGCGGAAGCGCUAGUCACCGCCUGAGGUAUGUGAGCGGCAGGGCGGAGGAGGUACACAAACGUCAAGAUAACUCAUUCUGUCGUCGACCAUAUUAUAUAUUGUGUGCGUCUUGUCAAUCGCGCCCUCCCCCGUUUCACUCCCCCACAUACCUCAGAAGGUGACUAGCGCUGCCGCGCGCACUAUAAUAAUAAUAUUGACACAUAAUUGCACACAUAAUUGUUCUAUGAUUACUUCAUAUUGAUUGACAAAUAUGUUAUUCCUGUUUAAUUUUAAUUGUACUACAUUAUGUUUCAUUACUUGUCGUGUAGUGUAACUGUUAAACGUUAUAUAAGUUAUGUUUGGUGUCAAAGUAUUGUACUACUUUGUCACUGUGAGUGUACUCACCUCACUGGGAGACCAGGUUGCGAAGAGUGCUUAUGCCAUUAUGGCUUUCAUAGUACAUGUCGGUAGUUGUAAUGUAUAUGCAAACAAGUGAGCGUAUUGCGGAGAAUGACGUCACAGGAAGUGAACGCGGUCUACAAAACAGUUGUUUGAGGGAGUAAUCGAGUAAUAUUUAGUUACUGAAACAUAUGAAACGAUGGGAAGUUAAAGAAGAGGUGAUUAUGAUGGAGAGAGAUGUUGAGUUUGUUUGGUCUUCUAGAGAGGAUGCAUGAAAGCAGAUUGGCUGCACAAACUAAUUUGGCCAUCUUAUUAUACAGACAAGACUGAGUUUUAUUCUAUUUUUUUAUAAAAGUAAAAUAUUGGCACAUGUUUGAUAUGAUGAUUGAACAUUCAAUUUCAAUAUUAUUUCUAAAUAAUCAUGAUAGUUUACUAAGUUUUAUAAGUAGCACCAUAAAACACCGUCAAUAGAACGCUGAAAAUAAAUCGUUUAGAUUUUUUUAAUUGAUCAAAUGCUUAGUUAAAAUAACUGAAGUAUCUCAAGGAAAUGAUCUCAUUUUUGAUGUGUGAAACAAUUUGAAUUAUUACUAACGUCCUACAGUAUUUCAACUGUGGUUAUUUGUUUUGAUAAGUAUACUUUAUGUCGCCUCGGUUGAAUACAAUUAAUACAUAUUAUAAAUCUAUAAAAAUUACCACAUUUUGAUAUAAAAGAUCCAUCCACCUAGGCCAUUCUACGAUCAGGUCGGAAGUAUAAAGUAAAACCCAAGAAUGAGACCGCUUGUAUCAAAGGUUUAUACUUGUUGAAAAAACAAUUGAUGUAUAGUUACCCCCCCAGUUGAAUUUUAUCGGGGCCUGAGGUAAAUAGCGGGAGGGUCUCCCCUCGUUGUCAGCACGCCUUCAAUGUAGUGCUGUGCCUUCGUUGAUCGAUGGUUGAGUUAUCGUACACUUACCGUAUUAUCGCGUUAAUACUAAAGUUGCGACCCGUUUUUUUCUUUAAAUAUUAAUAUUGACUGAUCCGAGUCCGUCAGAUUCCGUUCCGAAAAAACGAGUUUUUAUUCAUCGCCAAGCAAGAGAAAUGGCGAAAGUUGUUUUAGACAUUUGUGUUGAAGAAAGCCAGAACAAAAAUUUGUGUUUGAAUUAUUAGUUUAUAAUGGUAAACUUAAUGCAUUUUUUAAAUUUAUCGACACACUCAUGAUUAUGGUCGUUAAUUAUAAUUAUGUCACAGAAUUAUCAUAUUCCUGAGCUCUGCGUUCAAUUCGCACGUUAUCGGCACAUAAUUUGGUCAAGACCCUAGCAAGUGUCACUCCGUUAAUUGGUUGCGCAACUGAUAGGAUACACUCCCUAAAGGCAUAAAAGGCAUUUAUAUUCUUAAAUUUGAUUCGACUACGAAACAGCCCAAGAACCUCAAUAUAUUUUAUUGCGCUCUCUUAAAAUAUACCAUUUUGUACUUUGUCAUUGCUAUUGCUAUAAAAUAAUAAUUAUGAUAAUACUGUCCCAAAUUGUCAGAGCGUUUAGAAAUUCUACUGUUCGUGAGCUGAGUAUUUUUGUUAUAAAACAUUUACUUUCGAAUUUAAAUUUUUAUAUUAUGUAAUAAUUUUAUCCUAAGCAUUGUAUUUCAUUCAAGUAACUAUAAACACGUUAGUGUUGUAAACAGUGUUAAUGUCGAAAGUAUAUUAUUUGGUAACGUGAAAGCUACGUUCCGACGGUAUGGUAUGAAGAAAUAGGGCCCUUAGUGAAAUAAUUUACAAUUCAUAAAAAUUAAGUGCAAAAUUCACCAAAAAUACGUAUAAUUCCCAAAGAAAGUGGUGCUGUUUAUAACGAUCUCUUAGUUAUAUUAUUGGUGUAAAAUCUGUAUGUAGAGUAUUUCAAAUUCUCGACAUAUUAUCUGGUAAGGUUCUGUCAGACUCAAGGUGUCAGGUGAGCAAUUAUAAACCGUAUGGUUUAUAAUUGCUUAACUUUAUACAAGAGCAUGCUAUUUAGACUAAAACAGUUACUGUUUCGUGCAUGCCCUUUCAAACGCAAAUGACGGAAAAUUGAGUCAGAUAAAGCCUACCAACCUUGCCAAAAAUUGUUUUUCUUCUGUACUUAAAUUGGUUAUAUUUGUGGUUAUUAUAUAAGCAUGUAAUU